AUGGAAGCGCGAGCAGGGACGGUGGUUGAAGGAGGACAACGAGUUUUGAGUAAUCAACAAUCGCAGAUUGGAACGGUAUCUCAGCUUUUUGCCGGUGGGGUGGCUGGUGCUUUUGGAAAAACGUGCACUGCUCCUCUCUCUCGACUCACCAUUCUUUUUCAGGUGCAAGGUAUGCAUUUUGAUGUUGGCCAUGUCGCAGCACUAAGUAAACCUAGCCUUUUGUAUGAGGCUCAACGGAUUGUUAAUGAAGAAGGAUUUAGAGCAUUUUGGAAAGGCAAUUUGGUGACAAUAGCUCACCGUCUCCCUUAUUCUGCAGUCAAUUUCUAUACCUAUGAAUGCUACAAGAAUCUAUUGCAUUCUGUUCUGGGGGAGAAUCAUAGAGCAAAGGCUAGUAGUGACGUCCUUGUGCACUUUGUCAGCGGUGGUAUGUCAGGCAUGACAGCUGCUUCGGCUUUAUAUCCAUUGGAUUUAGUUAGAACACGACUUGCCGCACAGAGAAAUGUCAUAUACUACAAUGGAAUGUCACAUGCUUUCAGUACCAUUUGUAGAGAAGAAGGAUUCUUUGGAAUGUACAAGGGACUUGGUGCAACAUUGUUGGGUGUUGGGCCUAGCAUAGCUCUAAGUUUUUCCGUUUACGAGAGCCUGCGUUCUUCUUGGAAGUCUCAAAGGCCAGAUGAUUCUACUGCCAUGGUCAGUCUUGCUUGUGGAAGUCUUUCAGGCAUUGUAUCAUCAACAGCAACAUUUCCGUUGGAUCUAGUAAGGCGAAGGAUGCAAUUGGAAGGGGUUGGUGGUCGACCUCGUGUCUAUAAUACCAGUUUGUUCCGGACAUUUGGUCACAUAUUUCGGAAUGAAGGUAUACGAGGUUUAUAUAGAGGCAUUUUGCCCGAGUAUUACAAGGUUGUUCCCGGCGUUGGCAUUGUCUUUAUGACCUAUGAGACAUUGAAGACCCUUCUUUCCAGCUUUCAAAAUCGUUAG